UCCCUCGCUCGUUUUCUCUCUUUGGCCGGCAUUGUUUGAUUUCCUGUUAUUAUUGUUUGAAUGGCAUAUUAUUCGUUAAUUUUUAGGCUUUUGUUUGAUUUCCUGAUAUUAUUGUUGUUCAAAUUUAAUAAGAGGUAAUAUUUAGUUAAGGAUGAGGGUUUGAUUAUUGUUUUCCUGAUAUAUUGUUUGAUUUCCUGAUAUGAGGUUGUGUGUGUGAAAUUUUAGGCAUUGGAUUUGUGGGUCUGUUCUUUUAUAUCUUAUUUUUUUUACAAAGUGGAAACAUCCUCUCUCCUAGAAGGGGGAGUAGCAGGGCGAAUGGCCAUGGUGCUGUGUUCUUCUUAUUUUAUUUUUAUUUUUCUUGUUGGAUUUGUGGAGGUGAGAUUGAAUAGCUUUGGUGGUGAAAUGGGUAAUGGGGGAAAGAACCUGCGUAUUGAGAUGUUAAUGUCUUUGAAUUGGUCCUUGUUUUUAAUCUUCUAGGUGUUUUAGCGGGGGAGGGAUGGAUUUAGCCGUGUGAUUUGUUGAUAGGUAUUUUUAUUUUUAUUUGUUUUUAAUCUUCUAGGUUUUUUUAUUUUUUAUUUUUAUUUGAAAAGGUUUUAUGAUAAAACAGCUAGAAACCUGCAACCCAGCUUACUGCAGGAAACAACAAAACCCCAAAACAAGUCUUAACAGAAGACCAAAACAGAACAAAACAGAGCUCUUAAUUUGUUUUUUUAGAACCAUUUGUUUGAUAACAAACAUUUUCUCUAGAAAUAAAGAGCGAAAUUAAUUGUUUACUUUUUGGCCUGCUUUCCUCUUAAGCAGAACAUUUCUGUUUGUGACAAGUUAUUACUUAAGUUAGUUCCAUUAAUUUACUUUUUUCAGUUUUUUAUAAACCUUUUCCGCUUAGAACUCAAGAGUGUUUUUUUAAUAGUUUUGUCUUAAGUGGUCUUACUGUGAUUUUCUGUGAGGUGUAUGAGCAAUAAACCCAUUAAUAGUUGUAUGAAAUGUCAUACAUACGAAGCUUAUAUAUUUUUUUAGUUGGGACUUUGGUUGCUUUAUAUUCAUUGAUUAGUUAAUUAAUUUCAGCUCCCUAUUUUUACCAAAUCACUAAUGUAGUUAAAUCAGUGAAAAGAAAAUAAUAAACUCUCAAGUACCCUCCAAAUUUAGAAUGAUCCGUAAAUUCAUAAACCUUUUAGAACUUUUUUGUUUGUUUUUGUUUAUGUUAAUUGAAAAGAGUUGUACCCAACUAAAAGCAUAUAUAGGCUGCAAAGUGCAAACCCAAAAAGAAUGUAAAACUAAAAUUUAAUUGGGUGCCACCCAAAACAUAAUAAAAACAUAUUGUCUAAUGUGGGUGAUAAUUCAAUUGGGUGCCACCCAAAACAUAUUGUCUCCCUACAAUUAAGAUGCUACAAAAAUCUGAUGGGGCAAAAUGGGUUGUAUAGAAACUGAUGGGGCAAAAUGGGCAAAAUGGGCUAUCUUCCUCCUAAGGCUAUGUGAUUAAUGGAAGUUCGAGAUCAUGUGGACUACAAGGGCCGGACCAGUUUAUUUUACUCUUUUUGAGACAUACGGCCCAAGCCUGUUAGCCAAUCCUAUUUUUUAAUUUAGGUCUCUUAAUUUGGAAUUUUAGGUAAGCUGCCCUCGUCUGAGCCAUCAAAUUCCAAGAAUAGGAUUCUCCUGAUCAUUUCAUUGAAUCUAUUUUAUAGUUAAAAUUUCAUUGAAUCUAUUUUAUAGAUGCAGCCCAAAUGAACUAUUAAAAACUUUUCCAUAGGCCCAUUUGCACAUUUUUAUGUGAAAUAAGUUUGUGGUUUGAGAUUUUGCAUUGGCAUGCAAUAUCCUUGUUCCAAAAGUUAGUUUCCUUGUGUGUGUUAGUGUGUAUGACUUAUGGGCUCUCGUAUUUUCUUCUCCUCUCAAACAUUUUUGCUGCGGUGGCAACCAGCCGGCUUUAUAAACCUUUUGGACCCAUUAGUGUUCCACACUAGUAAAAACCACUUACACUGUUCCCAUGCAUAACUACAAGCCCAUCACAUAACAAUUAACGUAGUGAUUUGGUAACUUGGAGCUGAAAGGGAGCAGCACAAGAUAGAUAUGGCUGCACAGUUGGCACAGCAGAGGUCUGAGAUUACUGCAGAGUUUAACGCACUUAUGGCUGCACAGAUGGCGGCGUAUGAGGCCCGACUUCGUGUGCUUGAGAGCUCGAGACAUGUCUCCGAGCCAGAGGUGACCAAUGUUAGAGCUCCGCCAGACUUAGAAUCCCCAGUCCGUGCGAUUGCGAGGUCCUCAGUAGCUAGCGGACCAGAUGACGUAAGGCUAGAAGCUGAGGAUGACAAUCAAAACGAACACCCACAACGGACCCCGAGUGGACAAAAGUCUUGUUUAUCAAGACAUUGUACCACUGGUUCAGCAAGCCCUGAGUGCGGAGAAGUCGACCCGUUAUGAUGGUGUUCACCAGAUUUUUUGUUGGGGUGUUUAUACGUAAUGUACUCGAGAAUCACUUAACUUGUAUGUUUAAGGUUUUGUUAAUGUAUAUGUAUAUAGUUAUAAUUUAUUUGUGGACAAUGACGUAAUAUACAACAAUGUUGUUGUAUAUAUAUAUAUCAAUUUUUGUGGACAUGAAAUGGAUAUAUGUUGUGGGGAAUGUUGGGAUAGGACUUGAGAAAUGGAUGUAUGUUGAUAGCAAUUGAUGAUGUAU